UGCUGUCGGGAGCGCGCAGCAAUCAUGCCUCAUCCGUCGCACGCCUCGCUAGUGUCGGAGAAAUAGCAGGAGACAUUCGUCUUUUACCUAAAAAAAGAAAAAGCAGCCCUCGUGUUGUCGUGCGACCGCCGGCUUCGUGGUGAAGAAGCGAACACAUUUUCAUCCAAAACUCGCCCAUAUUUGUUCUCCAGUCAAUGAGACAAAGAGGGUAACAAGACACGAGAGGAGUACAGCUGUGGUGUUUCGGGGCUCAUCCUUCAUUUCGCAGGUCAUUCCUUUAAAUUGACGCUGUUCAGUUUUGGGAUGUAAAAGGCACUCUCAGGGACCUCAACUGAUGUGACUCAAACGAGUGUUUUCAUUCCCCGGAACAAUGAGCCCCGUGGGAGGCCGAAACGUCUCGUGAAAGGCUCGUAAGGGAACUGGCCCGGCUCUUUCAUCCUCCCCCUCUUAACAUUCCGCUGUGUCGCACCUCCACCAUGUCCUUUCCCUGCUGUGGCGCUCCCAUGGAGAGUGCACGCCCACCCAGAUAGGAUGCCUGCCUUGCCCGACGUCCUGCAUCCCUUCCUGCCCAUCACCACCUCCUCCUCCUCCUCUCGUGUACCUGCUCUUGCUAACAGUUCCUUGCGGACCCCCGGGCUCCGCCCUGUCCCACUCCAACAUGGUGGAUGAGGUAACCACCAUGAAGGAUGACGUCAUCAACGCCAACACGCUGGCUUGGCUGGUCUGCUCGGGCGUGUCCAUCCUGGCCAACACUUGGAGCAUCCUUAGCGUCAGUGCCAAGCAGAAAAAGUGGAAGCCGCUGGAGUUCCUCAUCUGCACGCUUGCGGGCACGCACAUCCUCAACAUGGCCAUCCCCAUCACCAUGUACUGUGUCAUAACACUGCGCCGUCAGCACUCCAACUACGAGUGGAACGAGGGUCUGUGCAAGGUGUUUGUCUCCACCUUCUACACCCUCACACUAGUCACUUGCUUCUCCGUCACCUCGCUCUCUUAUCACCGCAUGUGGAUGGUACGCUGGCCUGUAAACUACAGGUUGAGUAACACCAAGAAGCAGGCCGUGCACACAGUGAUGGGCAUCUGGAUGGUCUCCUUCAUCCUGUCCACGCUUCCAGCUGUAGGCUGGCACGACACCAUUGACCGCUUCUACACCUCUGACUGCCGAUUCAUUGUGACGGAGAUCGGUCUGGGCUUCGGCGUGUGCUUUCUGCUGCUGAUAGGCGGCAGUGUGGCCAUGGGUGUGAUCUGCAUCGGCAUCGCUCUCUUCCAGACCUUCUCCAUCCAGGCGGGCCACAAGGCUGACAAGAACAAGUUCAACGUCCCCACCAUAGUGGUGGAGGACGCACAGGGGAAGCGCAGAUCGUCCAUUGAUGGAUCGGAGCCCCUCAAGACAUCACUGCAGAUCACCUACCUGAUCAGUGGAAUCGUCUUUAUCUACGACUUCCUGACUGGCUUCCCCAUACUGGUGGUGAGCUUUGCCAGUCUGAAGUUUGACCGUUCCUACAACUGGAUGGUGUUGUGUGUGCUGUGGUGCUCUAUUGCCCAGUCCAUCCUGUUGCCCAUGUUCCUCUGGGCUUGUGACCGCUAUCGGGCUGACAUCCGCAUGGUGUGGGAGAAGUGCGUCGCCAUCAUGUCCAACGACGACGUGGAUGAGGAAAACAGCCAAGAUGGAGGAAUUCAUGCCGACUUAAUAUAUGACAGACCAUAUGACUAUAGCUCGGCGCCUGAAAUCGUGACGGUAGACCGUAAUGCCAAGUAUGAGUUCUCAACCUUAGAAAGGGGGGUUCCGCAAGGGUAUCCAUUGAGGGAACAACAGGAAGAUAAAAUGCAGUAUUUGCAGGUGCCCCCUACAAGAAGAUACUCCCACGACGAAACCGACAUGUGGACCAUCGACCGGAUCCCCUCAUACCUUCACCGAUGGGGCUCCACCGAGGACAUGAUGGUGACUGCCCACUACAGCUCCACCUUGCCGCGCCGCGAGAGGCGCAGGAGCAGCCUGGUCUCCUACCACGAGGAGAGCCACCAUCACCAUCACCCGCAUCGCAAGCGGCGACGCUCUGAGGACAGCAUGCACUCCCUCAAGCACCUGCCGCGCGUGGUUUGCAGCGGGGAGCACUAUGAGGACGAACUGCGGUGUUUUAGCCGCGACGAGGUGAUCAACUUCAUAGAUGAGACACCGCUGCCGAGCCCCAGGAAGAGCCCGCGGCGCACAUCCACCAUCUCACUCAUCCCAAACGUGUAUGAACAGCACACUGUCAUCCUUCCGCACUUCCUGCUCACCGACUUUGAGCGUGAGCCUCAAGCACUCAGGCGGCUCUCGGAACACAAACGGAGCAGCAGUCGGGGCAACACGCCUGAGGCUUCCCCCAAACCAGACAGGCCUGCCGGAAAGAAGAGCCCCGUGGCUUGUGGCUCCGGUAAAGGCUGUCGGGAGCGUGUGCGAGACGGGAAACAGCAGAGUCAGGUGGGCUCACCUGGGCGCAGCCAGCAGACUCCGGGGCGCUCUGCCUGUAGGCCCAGGACAGGCGGUGGAGCCGGGGCUGAUGCUGGAGCUGACUGGGGGUAUCAGAAGCACCCGAGCAAGGGUGAGAGUAAAGUUAGCACAAACAGUUUUGUAAGCACACCCUCGGCGUCGUCCAAGGGAUACAUCACGUUCCACUCUGAUUCUGUCGGCUCCACCUAAAAGCAAAGUUUACCCUUGUUAAUUGUUAUUAUCAACAUUAUUACUGAAGUAAUGAAAACCACCGGGAGAUUGGUGGUUAUGGGAAAGUGACAUACUGGAUUAUUUGUCCUUUUUACUUGUGCCACUAUUCUGUUUUACGAUAUAAACCACCAAUACACAUUUGUUAUGCUAAAUGGCCUUGGGAGCUUUGGACAUAUUUUCUGAAUGGGCCUAAUGUUUGUGAGAAGGUCGGUGGUCCUGUUAUUCAGCUUUCACAUCACAAAAUAUCACCAAAUGACACUUAUUAUUUCCAGCACUGACACAAAUAAACUUUUAUUUUGUUAAAUGGCGUGAACAUUGCCACUCCUUGUUUUAGCUGUUCAGUGUUGUUUCUUAUGAACUGCUCACAUAAUUGGAGGAGGUUGUUGUUAAGGUGGUAUUUUUCUCUUUCCUUUUUCUUUGCACUUAAGAACUUGAACUCAUUGUAUUUUAUUUAGCCUUUAAUGGCUGUGUUUUGUUGUAUGGAUACAUUGGCUUUCAAAACAAAGUUAUCUCAAUACUGCUCCUUGUACCUUGGUAUUGACUUAAGGACAUGACACAGUAAAUAUGUUUGUUUUAUUUUGAUGAUGUACACCUUUUCUAUUAACAUUGUUACUCACAACACAUGACUUAUUUUUUUCAAGCACCUUUCGUUGAAGUAAACUGAAAGUGGUAAUCCCAAACUCUUUUAUGCCUAAUAGUUUUACAGUUACUGUGUGAUAUUGAGAUAUAACGUGAAGGCCCCUAAAUUCCGAAGGAAAAUGUGAAGUCAGUUUUUAAAGAUUGUCGUGUCAUGUACAUAUGAAGGAUAUUGGAUUCAUGGUUUUGGUGUUCUUUUUUUGUUUAAUGAGACCUUUGCGUAGAACAUUUCCUCCCAGUUCAUAUUCCAAUGUUUGUGUUUAACUUUGGAGAUGAUCAGGCACAACAGUUGCCCACCACCACAUUGCAUAUUUCCAUAUAAAACAUCAGACCAAUACAGCUGGAAAUGGUGCUUUGUCCCCAUCAACGGAGCAUGUCAGCCUGACCGCACCUCUUUAUUUGUUUCAGUAACGUGUUAGAAAGCACCAAUAAUUAUUUUUUGAAUAGCUGUCUGAGAAGGAACCUCUAAAAGAAGUCAAAUUGUCUGAAGGUUGAAUGAUCGCAGCCUUCAAGUUGACUAGAUGUAGCGGAACUUAAAUGCUGAUGUCGUACCUAAACCCACAACGAUGUUGGCACUAAUUAGGAACAUUGUUAAAAGAAUGGAAAUGUAGUACAGUAAAUGUAUCUGGUACUACAAACAGCAGACAUUACAUUAGAUGUGUUAUCUCAUGCAUUAAGACUGCUAAAGGUUCUGUUCUGGGAGGUCUGUUGAGUAUAUAAGCAAAUGUAAACAUCCCCAAAGAUUUAUUUAAUGAUGCUGUGGGGAAAUUAAAGUCAGAUUUUAUUCAUUAUCUAUAAAUAUAUAUUUGGGGAGAGAAUGAUUAUUUAUCAUGAUAGCAAAUUCUAAAAGGUCAUGGAAAAAAAAAUGGUAUUACUAGAUUAUCAGUUACCAUCAUUGUGAGAACUUCUCACUUUGCACUCUCAGUCAAAAUAGACACUGCAGUGAACUUACACAAUGCUUCACAAAGCCCAUUGUCGCAUUCAUGAAGAACUUCUCAUGUUUACCAAAUGUGACAACUUGCUGACUAAAAGGAGUGCGAACUCUUUGACGUCUCAUGGACGGUAACUGCUAACCUGAAUGUAUUUGGAGAUUAGGACGUAUAAAGACAACAUGAAAUUAAAAUGUGCCCUUUGACAGCCGUAUUAGCUGUGAAACUUUUUUUGCUAUUAUCCAGGUAAUAAAGUUGCACCUGUUUGGCAUAUAGGUUUUUACCUGCGGCCAUUUAAGUGUUUAUUUUAACUUCUCAUGUAUUAGUGUACCUCUCACUCAUUGCAGCCUAUUCAACUGGACUGAACUGUUGUUUUUAGCUGAAAUGUAUCCUCCUCUGGAAGCAUAACAUCACAUUCUCCUGUCAAACUUUGCUUUGUCAAAGAUUUUUUGCAUUUUUUUGUGUUUACAAUAUUAAAUUAUAAUUUUGUAACAUA